AUGUGCUGCCGCCUCUCCGAGGCGCGGCCGUGGCGGCCCGCGGGGGCAGGUCCCGGGGGCGGGGGCGGCUCCCGAGGGCGGGGGCGGCUCCCGGGGGCGGGGGCGGCUCCCGGGGGCGGGGGCAGGUCCCGGGGGCGGGGGCGGCUCCCGGGGGCGGGGGCAGGUCCUGGGGCGGGGGCGGCUCCCGGGGGCGGGGGCAGGUCCCGGGGGGCAGGGGCAGGUCCCGGGGGCGGGGGCAGGUCCCGGGGGCGGGGGUGGCUCCCGGGGGUGGGGGCGGCUCCCGGGGGCGGUGCCCCGGCGCCGUGGCUGACCCCGCCUCGCGUCCCCCCGCCCUCCUUCGGCAGCGACCUGGUGGCCCCCAGCUCCACCUUCUGCAAGGUCUACACCCUGACCCCCUUCCUGGCCAACAACCGGGAGAAGAGAGGCCUGGCCCUGGACGGCAAGCUCAAGCACGAGGACACCAACCUGGCCUCCAGCACCCUGUUGAGGGAUGGAGCCAACAAGGAGAUCUUGGGCAUCAUUGUGUCCUACAAGGUCAAGGUCAAGCUGGUGGUGUCCAGAGGAGGGCUGCUUGGAGACCUGGCCUCAAGUGAUGUGGCUGUGGAGCUUCCCUUCACCCUGAUGCACCCCAAGCCCAAGGAGGAGCCAGCACACAGGGAUGCUCCAGAGAACGAAGCUCCCAUAGACACCAACCUGAUCGAGCUGGACACAAAUGACGACGACAUCGUGUUCGAGGACUUCGCCCGGCAGCGGCUCAAGGGCCUGAAGGAGGACAAGGAGGACGAGGAGGAGAGGACCAACUCCCCGCAGCUCAACGACCGAUAAGCGGCUGC